AUGGCAACCACGAGCGACGAAAUAGAUGCUAAAGCUGCGGAUGUUGCUGUCGAGGAUGCUGGCAAAGCGCAGGCCGUGUCAUGGGACAGCGAGACAGAGAAAAAGUUGAGACGGAAAUGCGACCGUCAUGUGUUGCCAUGCAUCACUCUGCUUUUCUUUAUGGCGUUCCUCGAUCGGACCAAUAUCGGCAAUGCGAGGAUUCAGGGAAUGGUGCAAGACCUCAAUAUGACGGGCCAUGACUACAACAUAGCGCUUUUUGUAUUCUUCAUUCCGUAUAUUCUCUUCGAGGUCCCUAGUAAUAUUAUUAUUAAGCGGGUUGCGCCUUCCACAUGGCUUAGCAUUAUCAUGGUAAAGCUCAUGCGCAAUCUCCGUCGAAGAAAGAGUGCGACCAUGUAUUACCCUCGAUAUGAACUUCAAUGGCGACUGUCGCUGUUCUUCUCUGCGAGCAUCAUGGCAGGCGCCGUCUCCGGUCUCCUUGCUUAUGCUAUCGCAAACAUGCGUAAUGUCGGAGGUUACAAUGCGUGGAGAUGGAUCUUUAUUAUCGAGGGAUUGGCCACCGUCGUCGUCGGAGCCGCAUCAAAGAUCUUCACGGUAGACUGGCCCGAGACCGCCAAAUUCCUCAACGACGAAGAGCGAAGGGUCCUGAUCGCUCGACUUGCGCGGGACAGGGGCGAGGCAAAAAUGGAUCGGCUGGACAAGAGAGCUGCAAAGCGCAUUUUCAGUGACUGGAAAAUUUACUGCGGUAUAUUCAUGUAUUUCGGUGUGGUGAAUACCGGGUAUAGUGGAUCGGUAAAGUUCCCGACUUGGCUUCAAAGUCCUAGCGUACUAACAACAACGCAGUUCUUCAUUCCGACCAUUAUCCAACAAUUAGGAUAUAAAGCCGAGGAGGCUCAAGUUCGCAGCAUUCCCAUUUUCGCCGUCGCAACCGUGUGCUGUCUCACAACGGCGUACUUGACCGACCGAAUGCGACACCGGUACGCAUUCACUAUGACCGGAGUGAUAAUCGCCAGCAUUGGCUACAUUCUGCUCCUCUGCCAGCACCGCAUCUCCGUCGGGGUGCAGUACUUCGCUCUAUUCCUCGUUGUUAGCGGUGGCUACAUCACCCAGCCGGUCACCUUGACGUGGCUGCAGAAUAAUGUUAGCGGGCACUAUAAGCGGUCGGUCGCCGCAGCCAUGCAAGUCGGUUUUGGUAACUGCGGUGGUUUAGUGGCUAGCAACGUUUUCUUUCAGGCAGAAGCGCCCGAGUAUUGGACUGGCUAUGGCACAAGCCUUGGCCUAAUGUGGAUAUGUGGUGCUGCAUGUACAGUGUUGUUCAUAUUUGUGCAGAGAGAGAACAAGAGGAGAGAUCGAGGAGAAAGGGACUGGAGGUUGGAUGAGCCUGAUGUCGACAACCUUGGAGACGAUCACCCUGAGUGGAGAUUCGCCAACUGA